AAAAAAAAAAAAGAAAAAAGGGAGCUCGAGCUCGGUUAGGGUGUGCGUAUACGUGUCCAGCAGAGAGAGGCCCCACCACCAGCUUUCCUGGCGUCCGUCAGUCAAAGUAGCGUCGGCGGUGUGCUCGCAGGUGCCACCGGUGGUGUCACGCCACCGGGCGCGGCCUCCCAUCAUCCCCUGUCGUCUCGUUCCUCCGCGACCUCGUGCUCGCCCUCGUCCUCCGCGUCCUCGGGAUCUCGGAGCAGCAGUUGCGGCCUCACAGCUGCUAACCAGCAGCACCACCAACAACAACAAGCCACCCUGAUGGGAGUUUAUGAGGAGCGCGCCCCUCCUACAACCGGCAUGCACUGGCAGCCGGCUAACACGCAGGAGCGCGGCAGUGGUUUGUCACUGGGUUGCCAGGGUGGCCCGGGAGCCGGGGUCGUCGGGGCGGUGGUCGUGGGGACGGGCAGCUCCGAUCAGACGCGCGACCUCAGCCCGUGCCUGCCGGCCUCGAUGGGCGACGCCGCGCGGCCCACCAACCUACCCUCUAGUCCCACACCGCAGCAGCAGCAGCAGCAACAGUCUCACCACCACCACCAACAACAACAACAGCAACAACAGCAACAGCAACACCAGCAGUGCGGCCAAGCCGGUCACACGAGCUUGCACCAGACGCACUGCGGUACCAAUAAUAAUUGCUACGACGCUGCCGGCGCUACCCCCUACGAUUCCAGGGAUUACGGAUCACCGGGAGACUCGGAGUAUCGAAACAACUACGAGCACCCGAACGACCUGAGCAUGGCACCGCAGAGCCACCACCACCACCAUCAGCAUCAUCAUCAUCACCAGCAGCACCAUCAGCACCACCAGCAGACGAUACUGCACCAGUCGCAGGGUUUACCCGCGAACCCGUCCUCGGAGCAGCACCAGCAGCAGGUGGCUCAGCUACAGCAUCAGCACAGCGGGGAGAUGCACGCGGUGCCGAAGCUCGAGCCACCGUCGACGCCGCCGUCGCACCACGAGCACGAGUUAUGCGCCGGCCCGUACGUGUGCGCCGGCUGCGGCCUCAGGAUCGCCGAUCGGUACUUUCUCCAGGCGGUCGACAGAAGGUGGCACUUGUCCUGCCUCCAGUGCUCCCAUUGCAGGCAGGGCCUCGACAACGAGAUCACCUGCUACAGCAAGGACGGCAACAUUUACUGCAAAAAGGACUACUAUCGGAUGUUCGGCAUGAUGAAGCGGUGCGCGCGCUGCCGGGCGGCCAUCCUCGCCACGGAGCUGGUGAUGCGGGCGCGGGAGCUCGUCUUCCACGUGCGGUGUUUCUCGUGCGCCGCGUGCUCGGUGCCCCUGACAAAGGGCGAUCACUUUGGUAUGCGCGAGGGCACCGUCCUCUGCCGCAUGCACUACGAGCUCGGGGCCGAGAUGCACCCCUCCCAGUCGCCACCCGUGCCCGUCUACCCCCCGGGGCCCCACUACCCCGGCCAAAGCUUCCCCUCGCCCGAGUUCCUCCACCACCACCACCACCACCACCACCCGAUACACCAGCCCGCUGCACCGCAUCAGCCCCAACAGCAGCCCCAACAGCAGCAGCAGCAACAGCCGCAGCACAGCCCGGCGAGCUUGCAGCCCGCAACCCCCUCGGGGGCGGGCAUGCCCGAGCACGCGACCGGAGUCGGCUCGCCGCCAAAGAUGUACUUCAACGGGGCGUCGAGCGUCGGGGCCGCGACCGCGGUGACUGUGUCGGCCGCCGUUGCUGCGGUGCCCGCGCCCAGGCAGAAGGGCCGGCCCAGGAAGAGGAAGCCCAAGGACCUCGAGGCUAUGACCGCUAGCCUGGGUGAGUCAUAUUUGAACGCGGAUUACAUAGACAUGCCGUUCGGACGGGGGGGUCCGGGUACGCCGGGCAUGCCGGGCUCGAACAGCCGGACCAAGCGGAUGCGCACGAGCUUCAAGCACCACCAGCUGAGGACGAUGAAGAGUUACUUUGCCAUCAAUCACAAUCCCGAUGCCAAGGACCUCAAACAACUGUCCCAGAAGACCGGCCUGCCCAAGCGAGUGCUGCAGGUGUGGUUCCAGAACGCAAGGGCCAAGUGGCGGCGGAUGGUCCUCAAGCAGGAGGGCAAGUCGGACAAGUGCGGCCCGGGCGGUGUCCUCGGGCCUGGUGGAGUCGACUCGGGCAGCCUCAGCGAGCUCGACAUGUACGGCAGCAGUGCCGGCAGCGGUGGGCCCCCCAUGAGUCCGCCCUUCGUCCUCGGCGGCUCUCACAGUCCGGCCUCGCUGGGCUCCUUGGAUUGCGCGUGA